ACAAUAUGACACCACACCAUGAGAUCAUUUCCUCCCUUGCACAUGGCCAUGUUUUACUUUGUGAUCCGGCUUCUGACGACGUGGUCACUGGAGCAUCUUGGAGAAGCAAGGCCCCGGCACUUGGAGGGACAUAAAUACUUCCGCGUUAUAUUAACAUCAGAUCCUCUGUUCAGGAUACUUUCCACGUUAAAGUACAACGAACCCCACUAACAAUUACAGCAAGCGUCCUCUGUCCUGGCGUGCACAGGGGCUCUCUGCUGCAUGGCCGCUGAAUUCUGAACUUGUAACUAACUCUGGGACCCGCUCGCGGGAGGAGGCUGGUUUAUCUCUGUCACCCCAGCACAGCCACAAAACCUGGCACGUGGUACGUGCACAAAACCAACGUUAGUGAGGUCCGGACACUUAAGGCGUCCAAGUGACAGUGAAGCAGCGAGCCUGGAAAAUGAGGUUUUCUGGGUUCUAACCUGUCUGUGUUAAUUCACUUUGAGGCAAAGGUAGAUUUCGCCCGUCUACGGAGCUCCGGCUUAGUGUUUUCUUCCAAAGUCCCUGAAUGCACUCUGACAGGAAGAUGGAGCGUAAAUCAGGCUGCUAUUCACUUGGGAGGCCGUACUGUUUUGUGUCCGUUGUCCCCCCGCUGACCCCUGUCACCCCCGGGGCACCAAGCUGCUUGAAGCUCUCCGAGCGCGGGAGCUGCGGGAGAGGGGGAACUGAAAAGCCGCGGAACCAGAGGCGAGGGAGCAGUGCGGGCGGAGGAAGGACGAGAUGGGGAACCGGCAGGCCUAGCUGCGAGGCGGCGGCAGCGGCGUGGAGAUGGAGCCCCUGAGGGUCCUCGAGCUGUACAGCGGCAUUGGGGGCAUGCACCAGGCGCUGAGAGAAAGCUGUAUUCCUGCACAAGUGGUGGCUGCCAUUGACGUAAACACUGUCGCUAAUGAAGUGUACGCGUACAAUUUUCCUCACACUCAGUUACUGGCCAAGACAAUUGAAGGCAUUACACUAGAAGAGUUUGACAAAUUGUCUUUCAAUAUGAUUUUAAUGAGCCCUCCCUGUCAGCCAUUCACCAGAAUUGGCCUGCAAGGUGAUGUGACUGAUCCAAGGACAAAUAGCCUCUUACAUAUCCUAGAUAUUCUCCCAAGAUUACAAAAAUUACCGAAAUACAUCCUUUUAGAAAAUGUUAAAGGUUUUGAAGUAUCUUCUACAAGAGACCUGUUAAUACAAACAAUAGAAAAUUGCGGUUUUCAGUACCAAGAAUUUCUGUUAUCUCCAACCUCUCUCGGCAUUCCAAAUUCAAGGCUACGGUAUUUCCUCAUUGCAAAGCUUCAGUCAGAACCAUUGCCUUUUCAAGCUCCUGGUCAGGUGCUGAAGGAGUUCCCCAAACUUGAAUCUGAACAUCCAGAAAAAAAUACAAUAUUUGCAGAAAAUAAAAUUGAAAGAAAGAAAAUUGAACCAAAUAUUUGCUUUGAUAAUGGCAGACAGUGUUCUGGAAAAGAAGCCAUUCUUUUUAAGCUUGAAACUAUAGAAGAAAUUGACCGGAAACAUCAGCAGGACAGUGAUCUCUCUGUGCAAAUGCUAAAAGAUUUUCUUGAAGAUGACAUUGACACGAAUCAGUAUUUUUUACCACCAAAGUCACUGUUGCGAUAUGCUCUUUUGUUAGACAUUGUUAAGCCCACUUGCAGAAGGUCCACAUGCUUUACCAAAGGUUAUGGAAGCUACAUAGAAGGGACAGGAUCUGUGUUGCAGACCUCAGAGGACGUGCAGAUUGAGAAUGUCUACAAAUCCCUCACCAAUUUGUCACAAGAAGAAAAGAUAACAAAAUUAUCAAUGCUUAAACUUCGGUAUUUCACUCCUAAAGAAAUAGCAAAUCUCCUUGGAUUUCCUCCAGACUUCGGAUUUCCUGAGAAGAUAACAGUGAAACAGCGUUAUCGUCUACUUGGAAAUAGUCUCAAUGUGCAUGUAGUAGCUAAACUAAUCAAAAUCCUAUAUGAAUAAUUUAAAAAUAACUCUGAAAGAUGGUCACAUUAUUUAUUCAUAUCCAGAUAGUAAUUCUGAAAUUCUAUUUUGAAUUGAUUUUGAUGAAAUUUAACUAAACUCUCUUUAUCUCUCUUGAAAUUUAACUAAACUCUCUUUAUCUCUCUUUAAAAAGAAAUUUGGAUUUAUCAUAAAAAUGCUGAUUUUUAAAAAAAUUUAUAUUACUGUAUUUUGUAAAGCAAAAAUUGCUAUUAUGCUUUACAAGAAUAUAUUUUCAUGUGAAAUUGCUAAACAUACAUGUAAAAUAUUCUCUUUAUAACAUUAUGGUAUAUACAAAUUUAGGAACAUUGGAGUUUGAAUAUCUACAUGAAUAUUUUACAAAGUGUCAUGAUAGACAUAGUAUAGUGAACCUGAGAAAUUAUGUUUUUGUAUGUUGCUUAAACAAAUUGCUUUAUGAAUCCUAUUAUUUUAUUUUAUUUUAUUUUAUUUUAUUUUAUUGUCAGAUUGAUUAUUCCUGAUUUUAAAAUGAUGCUUCUAAUUCUGGCCUGUUUCAAAUAUUGAAUGUUUACUGAAUUCCAUCCUUUAAACAUUUCUUAAUUAUAUCUAAACAAAUGCAUAUAAUGUUUUAGACCAAAUUAUCAUCAUUCAGUGUUACACAGCCGUCUGAAGAAAGUGUCAGAAAAAAUAAUCCUAAAUUCUUGAUUAUGUCUCCAUCAGGAAGCUGCAGAAAAUGUAGGUAAACAUUAUCCAGUUAUCUUUAAUUCUACCUCCAUGUAAAAUGCGAAACUUCAUUGUCCGUUCUUUAUUUAUAAAUAUUUUCUUUUACUUUGCUGUCAUCAGA